AUGUCUACUUCAUUGGAAGCCCCGAAACAGUACAACCAGCCUUCUCGUAAGGGAAAGAAGGCAUGGCGCAAGAAUGUCGAUGUCACAGAUGUCCAAGAGGGUUUGCGCCAUUUGACCGAAGCAGAGAUCAAAGGUGGUCUUAUCACUGAGAAGGCUUCCGAUGAGCUUUUCACCAUCGAUACUACCGGUAACGAAGAUGUGCGCAAGUCUGUCACCAAAAAGCACAAGCCCCUCAAGUCAGACGAAAUUCUUGCCAAGCGGUCUAUGAUUCCUGCGCUCGACGGACGCAAGCGCGGUAACCCCAAUGUCACCGAUGGAAUCAUUGAACCGAAGACCAAGAAGCCCAAGAGCGACUGGGUCAGCCAGAAGGAAUACCAACGCUUGAAGCAAGUCGCCAGAGACGCACAGCCUAUGGGAAAGAAGGCUGAGAAUGAGUUCUACGACCCCUGGGCGGAGGAUGCGGAGCCCACCACCACAUACGACGACCCUCGCUUUGAUUUCCUGCAAAAGCCCAAGCCCAAGGUUGAGCCAACCACAUUAAAACAUGCCCCAAUUUCGCUUGCUGCCAAUGGAAAGGCCGUUCCGUCUGUCAAGAUGCCUCACGCAGGAACCAGUUACAACCCCGUUUUCGAAGAGUGGGACCGCCUGCUGGAAACACAUGGCGCACAGGCCGUAGAGGCCGAGAAGAAGCGCCUCGCGGAAGAAGCCAAGGAAGCUGAGAGGCAGCGUUUGAUCGAGGCGGCCCGGAACGACGAUGGCGAAGUCAAGUCGGAUGAUGAGAGCGCCUGGGAGGGCUUCGAGAGCGAAUACGAGAAGCCCGAGUGGUUGAACAAGAAGCGCCCCGAGCGCAAGACCAAGGUGCAACGGAACAAGAUCAAGCGACGCAAGGAAGCGGAGCGCAAAGCGAAGUGGGAAGCUCAAAUGCAAAAGAGGGAGGCUCAGGCCGAGCACAUCGCCAAGAUCACCGAAGAAAUUGCGCUCAAGGAGCAGAAUGGUGAGAACCAGUCAGAUGCGGAUGAUUCUGAAGACGGUGAUGACACUGUCCUCCGCCGAAAGACCUUCGGCGGCAAGAAAGCUGUUCCCGCCCAGCCUUUGGAGUUGGUGCUUCCGGAUGAAUUGCAGGAUUCGCUACGCCUGUUGAAGCCGGAGGGCAAUCUUCUAGACGACCGAUUCCGCACAUUGAUCGUCCAGGGCAAGCUUGAGUCUCGCACGCCCAUCACACAGGCUCGCAAGGCCAAGAGAAAGGUCACAGAGAAGUGGGCUGCUAAGGACUUCCGGACUGGUGGGUCCCGAAAAUUUACUUGCUUAUCGCCUUUUUAUCUUUCACCUUUCCUCUUCACAACCAUCAUGGACAAGCCAGCUCUUUCCAGUAAUUGGAAGAAGUUACAGGCAACCUUGAAGAAAGACGCUCCGAAAGACACUCCCAAGCGCAAGCCCUCUGAUCGCGACGCAGAUGACAAAAAACGCAAGUUGGCGGAGAAGCGAAAACCAUACCGAGACUCUAAACCACCCCUCAAACGCAAGAGAAUGUCCGACACAGAGACCGAGUCUGGUACUUGGGCGACACGGAGAAAAUCAAAUGCUGCAGCUCCGGUGAAAACCGAGACAAGCUCUCGUUACAAGGAAAAUGAAGGCCGUUCCACGACUGCCGAACUCGGAAAGUACGUCGCAAUGGAUUGCGAAAUGGUUGGUGUAGGACCAAACCCGGAUAACGACUCUGUGCUUGCGCGUGUUAGUGUGGUCAACUUCAACGGCGACCAAAUAUACGAUUCAUACGUUAGACCUAAAGAGAUGGUCACGGACUGGCGUACGCAUGUCAGUGGAAUUGCACCGAAACACAUGGUCGAGGCCCGCACACUCGAGCACGUCCAGAAGGAAAUUGCAGAGAUCAUGAGUGGCCGCAUCUUGGUGGGUCACGCCGUCAGCAACGAUCUGGACGCUCUGCUCCUCGGUCACCCUAAGCGCGACAUCCGCGACACGAGCAAGCAUGCCCCAUACCGGAAGAUUGCCGGCGGUGGAUCGCCACGCUUAAAGAUAUUGGCCGAGGAGUUCUUGGGAAUCAAGAUUCAAGACGGGGCGCAUUCUAGUGUUGAAGAUGCGAGGGCCACGAUGGCUCUUUACCGCCGCGAGAAGGAUGCGUUUGAGCGCGAGCAUUUGAAGAAAUGGCCUGCCAGGAUGAUCGCCGAUACUAGAGAGAAGGGCGAAGGCGAGAAGAAAAAGAAGAAGAAGAAGACCACUCGUAAGAGGUGA